CACAGCAGUUUUGCUCUUUUUCAAAACCUAAAAAUAAAUUAAUAAAACAAAAAAACAAAAGUAAUUUUCGGUCAGCCAGUUGUGAACGUUCGAGAGCAGCGAAACAGGCAGCAGCCGCUUUGGAUAUCUUCAACGGAAUUAAAGUGCAACUUUCAAGUUGCCCGGAACGCACCCGUGCCCUUUGUCGGACUGUAUGGGGUUCCCUAUCGCUGUCCCUUAGCACAGCGCUCCAAGCGGCGACCAUCGAGGACGCCAUCGGCGGCGGUGGAGGUUUCGGAUCCAGGGGAUUACAAGAUCCAGGAGGAGGAGGCGGCGGAGUAGGAGGAGGAGGCGGCUCCGUCUCCGGCUCAGGCUCGGGUCGCUUUGCCACCAUAAUGGGCGCCGUUAAAUCACGAACCAUCACCAGCGCCGAUGUGGAUGCCGAUGAGCAGCUGCAGCAUUCCCAUCCGCAGUCCCACCAUCAUUCGAUGCGCAAUGGUCACCAGCACAACGGUUCCAUUUCCAGCGGCACACUGCAGAAACAGGAUCUGCGCUAUGAUAUAGGCUGCAGUUCCCAAUAUCAGCACGUUCGUCAGCCGAGCUUGCGGAGCCGGAGCCAGCAACCCAUGCCCACGACGGAUGAGCUGGACCGGCGAUUCGCUAAAGUUCUGGCCUCGAUGGACUUGCCACCGGAUAAGGCAAAGUUACUGAGGAACUACGAUGACGAGAAGAAGUGGGACAUGAUAUGUGAUCAAGAAAUGGUGCAGGCCAAGGAUCCGCCCUCCCAUUACUUGAGUAAACUGCGAACAUAUUUGGACCCCAAGGCCUCGCGAAGUCAUCGGCUUUAUCUCUUCUACUUUCUUUGUCAGAAACGGAAAAUGGUCGGCGAGUCCACGUCCACUCAGGUGCUUCGGGAUCUGGAGAUCUCGCUGCGCACAAAUCACAUAGAGUGGGUGAAGGAGUUCCUGGAUGAUACGAAUCAGGGUUUGGAUGCCCUGGUCGACUAUCUUAGCUUCCGGCUACAGAUGAUGCGUCAUGAACAGCGGCUUCAGGGUGUCCUGUGUGCUUCCGAGGAGCGCUUGAAUCUCACGAGCGGUGGCGAUGGCGGUGAGAUAGUGAUGGGUAACAGUAGUUCUGUUAGUCCCGGUGGAGGAGGAGGAUUGAUGUCCCAUGGUAGCAGUACUGGUCAUGGUCUUGCCAAUGGCACUCUGGACUCGAGACAGCAGCACGGACACACGUUGUCCUAUGGAUUCCUGCGACCCACCAUUUCCGAUGCCUUGGAUAGUCCUAGUUUAAAGCGAAGGUCACGGCACAUUGCCAAGUUGAAUAUGGGUGCCGCUACGGAUGACAUCCAUGUAUCCAUCAUGUGCCUGCGUGCCAUUAUGAACAAUAAAUAUGGCUUUAAUAUGGUCAUCCAGCAUCGGGAGGCCAUCAAUUGCAUUGCCUUGAGUCUCAUCCAUAAGUCGCUGAGGACGAAAGCCCUGGUCCUGGAGCUGCUGGCGGCCAUAUGUUUAGUAAAGGGAGGACACGAAAUCAUUUUGGGUUCGUUUGAUAACUUUAAGGACGUGUGCCAGGAGAAGCGGCGCUUCCAGACUCUUAUGGAGUACUUCAUGAACUUUGAGGCCUUCAACAUCGAUUUUAUGGUGGCGUGUAUGCAGUUCAUGAACAUAGUCGUGCACUCAGUGGAGGACAUGAACUACAGGGUGCACCUGCAGUAUGAGUUCACAGCUCUGGGCUUGGACAAAUAUCUGGAGCGGAUUCGAUUGACAGAAUCGGAGGAACUAAAGGUACAGAUAUCCGCCUAUUUGGACAAUGUCUUCGAUGUGGCCGCCUUGAUGGAGGAUUCUGAAACGAAAACCUCAGCCUUGGAGCGAGUCCAGGAGUUGGAAGAUCAGUUAGAGCGUGAAAUUGAUCGUAACUCUGAGUUCCUCUACAAGUAUGCCGAAUUGGAGACAGAGAAUCUUGCGUUGAAGACGGAACGCGAGCAGCUGGCAAUGAUCCGUCAGAGUCUAGAGGAGGAACUCACAGUCAUGCAGCGGAUGUUGCAGCACAACGAACAGGAGCUAAAGAAACGAGACACCCUGCUGCACACAAAGAACAUGGAGCUGCAGACGCUGACCCGUUCCUUGCCACGAUCCGCCUCCAGUGGUGAUGGAUCUUUGGUGAACGGCAGUCUCUUGGAUGGUUCCUCUUCGGGUGGAUCCUCUUUAACUUUGCCACCACCACCGCCACCAAUGCCCGCCUCACCGACAAUGUCUGCUGCCCCGCCACCGCCUCCGCCACCAGCACCACCGGCUCCGCCACCACCGCCAAUGAUGCCGGGCUUCAGUCCGCUGGGCAGUCCAAACGGUAGCUUCACCUCGACGGCCCCAUCACCACCACAUGCCCCGUCAACGCAUAGCUCCUUCUCACCACCACCACCACCAGUUGCCGGAUUUAUGCCUGCUCCGGAUGGCGCCAUGACCAUCAAACGAAAGGUGCCAACUAAAUAUAAGUUGCCCACCUUGAACUGGAUAGCACUGAAGCCCAAUCAGGUGCGUGGCACAAUCUUCAAUGAGCUGGAUGAUGAAAAAAUCUUCAAGCAAAUCGAUUUCAACGAGUUCGAGGAGCGAUUUAAGAUCGGCAUUGGCGGCGCCCUGCGCAAUGGCAGCAGUGGUACCGAGGUCGAUGGAUCGCUGCAGUCCAGCAAACGCUUCAAGAGGCCCGACAAUGUCUCACUACUGGAGCACACGAGGUUAAGAAAUAUUGCAAUCUCCCGUCGCAAGCUGGGUAUGCCCAUUGACGAUGUCAUUGCUGCCAUCCAUAGUCUGGACCUGAAGAAACUCUCCUUGGAGAACGUUGAGCUGUUGCAAAAGAUGGUGCCUACGGAUGCCGAGGUUAAGUCCUACAAGGAAUACAUCAUCGAGCGUAAGGACCAGCAGCUGCUCACCGAGGAGGACAAGUUCAUGCUGCAGUUGUCGCGAGUGGAACGUAUCCCGUCCAAGCUGGCCAUCAUGAACUAUAUGGGCAACUUUGUCGAUAGCGUUCAUCUUAUUAGUCCGCAAGUGCAAUCGAUAGCAGGAGCAUCGAAUUCCCUGAAACAGUCGCGGAAGUUCAAGGCGGUUUUGGAAAUAGUCUUGGCUUUUGGAAAUUAUCUCAACAGCAAUAAGCGAGGACCGGCAUACGGCUUCAAGCUGCAAUCUCUGGACACGCUUAUCGAUACGAAAUCCACGGAUAAGCGAUCGUCGCUGUUGCAUUAUAUUGUGGCUACUAUUCGGGCCAAGUUCCCAGAGCUGUUGAACUUCGAGAGCGAGCUGUAUGGCACAGAUAAGGCUGCGUCGGUGGCGUUAGAGAAUGUGGUUGCAGAUGUUCAGGAGCUGGAAAAGGGCAUGGAUCUGGUACGCAAGGAGGCUGAUCUUCGGGUGAAGGGUGUCCAGACGCAUAUCCUGCGUGAUUUCCUUAACAAUAGCGAAGACAAGCUGAAGAAGAUCAAGAGCGACCUGCGGCAUGCCCAAGAAGCAUUCAAGGAGUGUGUGGAGUACUUUGGCGACUCCUCACGGAAUGCUGAUGCGGCUGCUUUCUUUGCUCUGAUCGUUCGGUUUACAAGAGCGUUUAAGCAACAUGAUCAGGAGAACGAGCAGCGAUUGCGUUUGGAGAAGGCCGCUGCUUUGGCCGCCUCCAAAAAGGAGAGCGAUCAGGUGCUUAUGCGCAACAAGGUUAACCAGAAGAAACAGCAGUUGCCCUCAAAUGGAGCAUUGUCCUUGCAGGAUGCGGUUAUCAACGAGUUGAAGAGCAAGGCACACUCUGUACGUGAGAAGAAGCUCCUGCAGCAGGACGAGGUCUACAAUGGAGCCCUGGAGGACAUACUGCUUGGGCUGAAGAGUGAGCCGUAUCGACGGGCAGAUGCAGUGAGACGAUCGCAGCGCCGAAGGAUUGACAAUAAUCGUUUAUCGCGCACCCUGGAGGAAAUGGAUUGCUAGACAAGAGAACGAGAUGAGAUCGACGCAACGACGACGGGGCGGGCAAUAUGGCAACGAAUCGAAAAUCAAAAUUCACACUGAAAACAGAACCGGAAACGGAAAAGAGAACAUUACAGAUACUACUGCAAUAUGUGAUUGGGCGAUUAAAUUGUUUUCGACACAUCUCGUACACAUACACAAAAAAAAACUCACAUUCCCUUCCAUAUAAAAACCUUUAUAAUUUCGAAUAUUUUCAAAUCUAAUUCUAAGUCGAAUCGGAUGCGGUUUACCGUGUCCGUGGAAUACCAGAAUCCCAAUACCGAAACGGACUUUUAGCACCCGAUAACCGAUAACCACAAGCACAACCAACAAACAAAAACAACCAUUCUGUGAAUCUCGCCUUAAAUUUUUUCGAGAGACAUUUUUUAUCGCCAAAAUUAUGUUUUUAAAAAAACGCAUUUUAAUUUGGUUGCUUAGAGCUUAAGUUGAAACUUGAAAAUUCGAAUGGUGUAUUUAUCGAAACUUUUAUUGUUAAAUAUUGAUUUAAAUUUUAACCUGUGUACAUACAACAUACCAUAUACAUACAUAUAUACCAAACUAUAUAUGUGCUAUUUAAUUUUAUAUAUUUUUAAUGCAUAAGUUUUAACCAAAUUGGAAUUACUUGCUGCAUCCAUCCGAGAUGGCAAAUCCGCAUGAUUAUGGAGUUACUAAGCUCCAUUUUUAAUUAAUUUUAUCAUUUUAGUGAGUCAAAUAAGCAAUGAAUUGUAUGAGAAGUAUAAUGCAUUAAACAUUUGUAUAUUUUCCUAUUUAAAUUGA